AUGCCUCGAGCCGAAGUAGGAUCUACCAAGUACAUCGCCAACCAGAUGAAGUCGAAAGGACUUCAGCGGUUGCGAUGGUACUGCCAGGCCUGCUCCAGACAAAUGCGCGAUGAGAAUGGCUUCAAAUGUCACGUCGCUUCGGAAUCUCACGUGCGCCAGAUGCAAUUAAUCGGUGAAGACCCUCGCAAGGCGAUCAACGACUUCUCCAACCAAUUUCUCAAAGACUUCAUCCAACUGCUGCGGACGGGCCACGGAGAGAAGAAGGUCAAUGUGAACCACUUCUACCAGGAAUACAUCUCGAACAAAGAACAUAUCCACAUGAAUGCGACCAAAUGGUCGAGCCUGACUGAGUUCGCUAAAUAUCUGGGGCGAGAGGGCAUGGUUCGGGUGGAUGAAGAUGAAAAGAAUGAAGGCCGGGCAGGUGCGAGUGGACUGAUGAUAUCCUGGAUCGACAACAGUCCGGAAGCCCUGCGGAGGCAGGAAGCGCUACGAAAAAAGGAACGACAAGAUCGCGGUGAUGAGGAGUUGGAACAGAAAAUGAUCCGCGAGCAGAUACGACGUGCAAAACGAGAUAUGGCGGAUGCGGGUAUAGAUGAAAACGAAGAGGAAUUGGAUGUCGGCUUGCCAACAUCGUCCAGCGAAGGCAUAAAACGAAAAGACGGCGAGAAGAUCGUUCUGAACUUCGGCGCAAAAAAACCUCACGACGUGGUCGAGAAGCCUCUUAGUCCGCCGCUUACCGAGGGAGGCGACUCGUCACCGGAUUGGGAGAAAGCAGCAGAGUCGGGAUCACAAACGACGACGACGACAACUUCAAACCCCAUUAACCACAAACCACCUACAACAGCUGCCUUAUCCUUCGGACUCUCCUCAUCAACGUCAAGCAAACCAAAGAACGUGUUCGCAACAACAUCCAAGAAAAAUGCUCUGUCAGGGACGAAGAAGGCGCCUUCGACAACCACACAGCGACCCAUGAGCGAAGCGGAAAGGAUCAUGAAGGAAGAACUCGAGUGGAAACGACAACGCGAGGCUGGGAAGUUUCAAGGUGGUGGGAAAGUUUUCAAGAAGCAACGAAUCUCAUGA